GCAGUUAGCCACACCCACCAAGACGCACCUGACCAGCAGAAGGAAGUGAAUGCUCGAACUAAGUAACAGUAGAUAGACCCUGGGCUUUAUGGGGACAUAAUCUAGACACUUUAAGCAGGAUCAUGGUCACAAAAUACAUCUUAUUCGCUGUUUUAUUGCCGUGUUACAUUUGUGGGAUUGACAACAAAGACACUUUCAAUGGACUUCCGUUAAAACUCUCCAAGUACUCUGUUGUAAAUCCUCAGGUGAUUCACAGAUGGACAAGGAGCACCAACAGACAGUCAGAAGAGAAAUAUGGAGAGGAGACAGUAACAUAUGCACUCACUGUAAACAACAGAAAGUACAUUCUGCAUCUACAAAAGAACAGGGACUUUUUACACCCAAACUUUGUUCAGUAUUUCCACAACACCACCAAUAACCACCAGUUAUCCUAUCCAAAAACACAGCACUGCUAUUACCAUGGAGAGGUGGAGGGAUACGAGAACUCGCUGGUAGCGCUCAGUACAUGCUCUGGCCUCAGGGGUGUGAUCCUCAUGGGAAAUGAUACCUACGGACUUGAGCCUGUGCCACAGUCUACCACCAAUGAGCACCUUCUCUACCUGCUGAAAGAUAUUCAGUCCGACCCAGUCACAUGUGGGGUGGUCAGUGAGGCUACACCAUCAACACAACACCAUAAACCUUUUGAGCCUGGCCAAUCGCUGACUUCUCUGCUGCGGAGGAAGCGCAAUUUACCUUACACCAGUUAUGUGGAGUUGGUGCUAGUUGUCGAUAAGCUCAGGUAUAAUUUUAAGAAACAAAAUGAGACAGCAGUACGAGAGGAAAUGGUGGAAUUGGCUAAUCUGCUGGAUGGGUAUUACAAGAUGCUGAAUAUCCGUGUGAUCCUGGUGGGCCUUGAGAUUUUCAAGGAUAGUAAUCCCUUUAAUGUGGAAGGGUCUGCAGGAGAUGUGUUGGGAAGUUUUGUUGACUGGAGAAAGACUUCUCUGUUACCAAGGAUCAGGCAUGACAUUGGUCAACUCAUUGUAGGUCAGCCCACGCCGUAUGCUGGAGGUGUGUUAGGUAUGGCCUUCGUGGGCACAGUCUGCUCUGUAUCGAGCUCUGGAGGAAUCAACGUGUUCAGCAAUAAUAACCUGGCUUAUGUGUCCACUGUGGUGGCCCAUGAGAUGGGCCAUAACCUGGGCAUGAGUCACGACGAUUCGCGCUGCAAAUGUAAUGGAAAAAGCUGCAUCAUGGCAGCCUCUGCUGGUGGAUCCACCACUUUCAGCAGCUGCAGCGCAGAAGACUUUGAGACGUUGAUCAUCCGUGGAGGAGGCGUGUGUCUCAAAAACCAGCCCUCUCCGUCAGAUGUGAUUGGUACUGCUGAAUGUGGCAAUGGCCGACUGGACGAAGGAGAGCAGUGUGACUGUGGCAAACCAGAGGAAUGCAACAAUAAAUGCUGUGAUGCUGCCACCUGCAAAUUAACACGUGGUUCUGCCUGCGCGGAGGGUAGCUGCUGCGACAACUGUCAGAUCAAAGUUGCUGGAACGCCAUGCAGAGAAUCUGUUAACCUCUGUGAUCUCACUGAAUACUGCAAUGGCAAGAACUCGUCCUGUCCUGAUGACUUCUAUAUCAUGGAUGGCCUCCCCUGUCAUGAUGCGUACUGCUAUGAGGGCCGAUGCCAGACUUAUGAUUUCCAGUGCAAACACCUCUUUGCACCAGAUCCAGCAAAAAAGGCUGAUGAUAUUUGUUUUGAGCAUGCAAAUACCAGGGGAAACUUAUUUGGAAACUGUGGAAUCUCCAGCACAGGAGACCCUAUCAAGUGUAGUGUAGCGAACGCCAAGUGUGGAAAGGUGCAGUGCACUGACGUGGACCUCAGCACUAUCCCUCCUGGUGCCCAAGUCAGUGUCCAAGUUGUUCAAGGGUCGACUUGUGUUAAUGCAGACUUCAACCUUGGCCCAGAUGUACUGGAUCCUGCUUACGUUAAUCCUGGCAGCCCUUGUGAUAAAGGAAAGACCUGCCUGAACUUUCAAUGUGUUAACGCCUCCUUUCUGCUGCCCAACUUGGACUGUGAUGCUCGGACCACCUGCCACGGUCGAGGGGUGUGCAAUAACGAAGGCCACUGCCACUGUGAAAAUGGUUGGGCCCCACCUAACUGUAACGAGUCAGGGCGAGGGGGCAGCAUAGACAGUGGUCCCGCUCAGAUCGACUACUCCCUCAGGAAUGGCCUGUUGAUUUUCUUCCUGCUUGUGGUUCCUGUUCUGGUACUUCUCAUUCUGGUGCUGCUCUACAUCUUCAGGAGAGAUUCCCUGGACCCGUGCCUGAAAGGAAGCUUCGCCAGCCGUCUCAAGUCACGUAAUGCUCAAAAUGCAAAUGGACCAUCAAACAGCAGUGUUCAUACCACAAUCCAACCUCCUCAGCCCCCUCCUGAAAGGCCUGCAUAUCCACCAGCUACCUCAGUUCCAAUUUCUGGUUUCAGGUAUGGAGAACUGGAUUACUGGAACACAGAAAUAAGCACCGCCCCUGAAAAACCACCAGCUCCUGGGCAGGGCCCUGGAGUGCCCAGACCAAUCCCGCCCAAGCGGCCACAAAACUGAUUCUUUUUUUAACCAAAUAUUUUCACUUGUAUUGUGAAUGUAUGAAGUUUACUAAAGCUCAAUAUUGUAUAAUGGGUUUUCUUAUUUUUAAACACUGUGAUAAUAACAGACUUACUGACAGCACUUUUUAAGGUUAACUGUAGUAAGAUGGUGGUGGAAUACCAGUAUUUUUUAUUAUUAUUUGUUUUGUUUUUUGGAUUCCUGUUUAUCAGUCAUUGGAAAUAUGUGCACAUAUAAUAUCUUUUUUUUAAAAAAAAAAAAAACGAAUCUUUUGUAUUUUAUGUGAUUAUGUAUAAUUUUCAACUUAAUAUAUUAUGAAUUCUGAUUGUGUGAAUUGUAAUAAAAAUAUGUAUCGAGCAAUGAA